AUGGAAUUUUCUGCCAGUUUAGAAUUUCCUAAAAUUCCGCAUAUACAAGAAGCUAACGAGUGGGCAUAUAUUAUGAGGAGGACAAUGCAAGAAAUUGUACCUGGGUUAUACCUUGGCCCUUACUCUGCUGCUACCAAAUCUAAAUUAGGCGUACUGUUACACAAUGGUAUCACGCAUGUGGUUUGUGUGAGACAAGAUAUCGAAGCGCAUAUAAUAAAACCACAUUUUGCCGAUAGAUUUAAAUAUUUAGUUCUGAAUAUAGCAGACACAAACACUGAAAACAUAAUAAGGCAUUUUUCGAAUGUUUGUGUUUUUAUUGAAGAAGCGAUUAGUAAUGGAGGUAAAUGUUUAGUUCAUAGUAAUGCUGGAAUAUCGAGAAGUGCUGCUCUUGUAAUGGCAUAUAUCAUGCAAAAAUAUGGACUUACCUCUAGAGAAGCAUUUAGUUUAGUACAACAAAGAAGAUUUUGUAUAAAUCCAAACGAAGGUUUCAUGGCACAAUUGUCAGAAUUCGAACCGAUAUACAGAGCUCAACAAUCGCGUGUAAACGGACAGUGUUCGACGGAAAACAAUAGAAACAAAAGGAGGUUGGACGAUUUGGACGAAACGUCGUGUCACAAGACUCUAAGUCAUUUUUCAUCGAUGAAUGGUAAAAUACCGAUACACGAAUUUGUAAGUUGUCAAAAAAAUAUACGUUCGUACUCGGAUAAUUCGCUAUGCAAUUCGUUGAAUUUGAAAAAUUGCAAUUCUAUGAUGAUAGGAAGAGUUAUACAAAAUACGCAAACGAGUGGUGGAUCAUUAGAAGCCAUGGAUCAAGAAAUCACAAGUUGA